AUGAGAACUAUUUUUGAAAAAGUAGUUGAUUUCUGGAUUAAUGAAGCAGACUUAAGAAGCUUACAAAUGUUCCUCAUCAAGUCACCUUUUCCAAUUAUUUUUAUUCUAUUGAUAUAUUUUAUAGUCAUUAAGUUUAUAAUUCCAUCAAUAACCAAAAAUCAGAAGCAUCCGCACCUCAGACAUCUUUUAUCAUUUUAUUAUGUCAUCCAUAGCUCUCUUAGUAUCGUGAUAAUUUUAAUUUGGAUUUUCGUUGCAUUUAAAAUGAAUUUUAAUUUAAGAUGUGAGCCAAUUAGCCAUGGCAACGGAUUUUACUCUCGACUGAUAAUUUUGAUGUCAGAAAUAUUUUUGUGGUUUAAGUUUUCGGAAAUGGUGGAGACAUUCUUGCUAGCCAUUGUAAAUGGACGAGCACCAAUUUUCAACAUUCUACAUCAUACUUUAUAUCCAUGCAUGCUUGCCAUUGGCAUUCGUUUUUAUCCAGGAGGAAGUCCAGCAUUUUUUGCAUUAAUAAAUUGUAUUGAGCAUGUUUUACUCUAUACAGUGUUAGCAAUGAGACAAAUAUCUAUUAAAUUCAAAAAAUCAUGCACGUGGUUUAAAAAAUUUCACAUCAUUUUAUCAGUCAGUGCUAUGCUUGUGAGCAUUAUAUUCUACAUACAAAUGGAAACCAGAGAAGAUUGUGACUUUACAGUAUUUCGUUACUACGUCCUGACAUGUCUUUUUAUAUUCAGUUUUGUUGGAGUUUACUUCCGUUGGUCUUACAUUUUGCAAUCAGAUGCUUUUGGCGAAACUUGGUUGAUUAGGGCAGUAACAAAAGCGAGGACUGAAGGAAAAGCUGCAAUGUUGAUUUCAAAUAAAGCGACAGCUAGAAUAUUUUAG